UGAGGCAUCCUGCAGCUGCCACCCAGUCUGGGCACCUCCGACGCCAGACCGUUCAUCAAGGAUUUUGUACCUAAGGCCCAGAAGUUUGUUACCCAAGAUGAUGAGCGCUGACAUGGAUGCAGUUGAUGCUGAAAACCAGGUGGAACUAGAGGAAAAAACACUACUUAUUAACCAAGUGUUGGAACUCCCACACAUACUUGAAGAUCAUUCUGCAAGAGUGGAUGCAGUUAAGGAAGAAAACCUGAAGCUUAAGUCAGAAAACCAAGUUCUCAGACAGUACAUAGAAAACCUCAUAUCUGCUUCUAGUGUUUUUCAAACAACUGACACAAAAAGCAAAAGAAAGUAA